UAAUGUUUGGAUUAAUAUCUCUUGUUUAUAAUGUAUCACAAUUAAUUGGAUGGUCAACAAUAUUAGGAUUAGUAAUGUUGGAAAUAAUGAAUGGUACUGAAAAAACAGGAUAGAUUGUUUGGUUAGUUCAUGUUAUGUAAAUCUCAUAGAUCUAUGAUCUAAUUUCUAAUAUUCUUGGGUAUGAUAUUAAGUUUAUGAUAGUUUGACAUCUGGUUCAUUAAUUAGUAAUGUACUUUAAUUAGGAGGAAGACUUGUAGUAGCAUUACUAUUUAUGUAUGAUGGAGUAUGUUUUUGUUGUUUGAUUAAUGCAGUAAUUGCAUGGUCAUUAGCUGAAAUAAUUAGAUUUUCAUAUUAUUUAUUCAAGAAUAAUUCAUUGUUUAAGACUUUAAGAUAUAAUGCAUUUAUGGUCUUAUAUCCAAUAGGAAUUUUAGGAGAAUUAAGAACUGUUAAUCAAUCUUUAGCUAUUUAUGAUUAAAUCUAAAUAAGAGGAUUGUAAAUUAUUUUGAUAUGUAAUAAUUAAUAAUUAAAUAUAUAGUAGGAGGAUUCUUUAUGUAUGCUUAAAUGUUAAGUGCCAAAAGAAAACAUUCAAAAUAGACAGGAGUAGAUUAGAAAUAAAAUGUUAAAUAGAGAUCAAAUAGUCCUGUUAAUAGACCAAAAAGAGAAUGAGU